UGCGUAGACUUGUAGUCAUCGUCACUUCCAUCGACUUAAAACAGUCGAAGCCCUCUCCUAAGUCUUUUCCACGACGGCAGUAGAACUCUCGUCUUGCCAGUCUUCACCCAAAACCCUAGAAAUCUCCCUCUCUGAAAGGCAUGGCCAGGAACCUAGGGUUUCUGGUCUUGAUCCUCUUGCUGUCCGUCUGCGAUGCCGCGGUCUUUCGGCCGAUAUCGGACGGUCACCGAUCCGCCGCGCUAGAGCUGUUUUCACCAGUCGAUGGAUCUUUUGCAAGCUUGGAAGAAACUUACGAGGCACUAAGAACGUUUCAGAUUCUUGGCAUUGAGAAAAAUGCAGAUAUAAGUCCUGCAACAUGCCCACUAGUAGUGGAGACACUUGUUUCAACAUCUUCUAAGGCAAAGGACUUGUUCUAUGCUCUUAGAGUUAACAGCAUCCUAGGAUGCCAAAUUGAUGCCAGAGUUUUUGAGGAUGUUGCUUCAAAACUUCAAGCUGCCAUUAAGGAUGCAAGUACCCUACUUGACUUCUACUACUCUAUUGGAAGCUUGGUGCUUAUCAAGGAUCAAGAUUCCAAAAUCAAUGUCCUUCUCGAGGAUGCAGAUGGCAUUUUUCAUUCCAUCAAGGCACUCAGUCAGAGUGAUGGAAGAUGGCGCUAUAAUUCUAAUGGUGCAGAAUCUAGUACAUAUGCUGCUGGGGUAGCACUCGAGGCACUCUCUGGAGUGGUUUCAUUAGCAGGUUCUGAUGUUGAUCAAUCUAUGAUUGGCAUCGUAAAAAAUGACAUAGUGAAGCUGUUUGACACUCUUGAGAGCUAUGAUGAUGGAGCCUUGUACUUCGAUGAGAAAAUUGUUGAUGCCAGUGAACAUCAAGGCCCUCUUUCGACCACAUCGUCAGUAGUACGUGGGACCACAGCAUUUGCAGCAGUUACUUCCGGGACUUUAAAUAUUCCCGGAGAUAAAAUCUUGGGUUUGGCAUACUUCUUCCUUGGCGUUGGAAUUCCUGGCAACACCAAAGAUCUAUUCAACCAAAUGGAAUCCUUAGCUUGCUUGGAGAACAAUAGGGUUUCCGUUCCAUUGAUUUUAUCACUGCCAGCUAAGGUUCUUUCAUUAUCUUCAAAGGAUCAGCUCAAGGUUAAGGUGAAUACAGUGCUGGGGUCUGAUGCACCUCCAUUAACAGUGAAUCUUGUGAAAGCCUUCCCUUCUAGUUCAAGAGACCACCCUACAAUUCAGAACCAGGAACUCAAGUUUGACGUGGAAAGCUCUGUUCAUUCCUUCGAUUUAUUGUCAAAGGGUAUAGAUGUCGGAAAGUACACGUUAGUUUUUGAGGUUUUGCUUCAUGAUCCUGAGCACAAGAAAAUUUAUGCAACUGGAGGCCGAGCUCAAGCAUCAAUAUUUGUCACAGGAUUUAUCAAAAUUGACAGUGCAGAAAUUGCAGUAUUGGAUAGUGAUGUUGGUAGCAUAGAGACGAAGAAGAAAUUAGAUUUGUCUGGAGAAAAUGCUGUAUCACUUUCAGCAAACCAUCUGCAGAAGCUGCGUCUAUCCUUUGAUUUGACCACUCCACUGGACCAAGCUUUCAAUCCACACCAGGUGUUCCUACAUUUGAGACAUGAGACCAAAAUUGAGCAUAUCUUUCUGGUGGGCAACCAUGGCAAACGAUUUGAGAUCAUAUUAGACUUUCUCUCUCUGGUUGACAAGUUUUACUAUCUCUCAGGGAGAUACGAUUUUCAACUUACCGUCGGGGAUGCUGCAAUGGAGAACUCGUUCUUACGGGCUCUAGGCCAUGUUGAGUUGGAUUUACCUGAACCUCCAGAGAAAGCUACACGCCCUCCUCUCCAACCUGUAGAUCCUUACUCAAGAUUUGUUCCCAAACCUGAAAUAUCCCACAUUUUCAGGGCACCUGAGAAGCUUCCACCCCAGGAGCUGUCUUUUACCUUCUUGGCUCUUUCACUUUUACCAUUUAUUGGAUUUCUAAUAGGGCUAAUACGAUUGGGGGUGAACUUGAAGAACUUCCCUUCCUCAGUGGCACCAGCAACAUUUGCUAUUCUCUUCCAUGUUGGAAUUGCAGCAGUUCUUCUGCUCUACGUGCUGUUUUGGCUGAAGUUGGAUCUGUUCACGACGUUGAAGGCCCUUGGAGUCCUCGCGACUUUUCUAGUGUUUGUGGGGCAUAGGACCCUGUCCCACCUUGCUUCAACAUCAGCGAAGCUAAAAUCUGCCUGAGAGAGAAUGCUAGGUAUCACAAAGAGGUCAAAAUUUUCAUUUUUGUAGGAUCCUUUCAACAACUCUCAAUGCUCUUCUUUCAGGAUUUUUUAUAGGAAGUGUGAAGAGAUGCUACUAGCAGGAAAAGUAAUUUGUGUUGAUUUUUGUAGAAGCAUCUCAUCCAGAAGCUCCUAAUCCGGAGGGAGGUUCCAUCAGGACUCUCAUCUAGGUUGUUAUGCAGGUAGAAUCAUGGGGUCCCAUGUCAUACCCACUUGUUGUUUAAAAAAGAAAUUUAAUUUGGGAGA